UUUCUUCAACUGCAGAAAAAGUUGUCUACCUUGUGGUUUUUCAUCUGUUAUUUGUCAUGUUUGUAUGGUCCUAUUGGAAGACAAUUUUCACAUCUCCUGCAUCCCCCUCUAAUGAGUUCUGCUUGUCAAAAGCUGAUAAAGAACAGUAUGAAAAAGAAGAGAGACCAGAAUCCCAGCAGGAGAUUUUGAGAAGAGCUGCUAAAGACUUGCCUAUCUAUACGACAACAGCAUCGAGAGCAAUCAGAUACUGUGAUCGAUGCCAGCUAAUCAAACCUGACCGCUGCCACCACUGUUCUGCAUGUGACAUAUGUGUAUUAAAAAUGGACCACCACUGUCCAUGGGUGAAUAAUUGUGUGGGAUUUUCUAACUACAAAUUCUUCCUCCUGUUUUUAAUGUAUUCCUUACUGUACUGUCUGUUUGUUGCUGCUACAGUCUUGCAGUACUUCAUAAAGUUUUGGACAAAUGAAUUGCCAGAUACCCGUCCAAAAUUCCACGUACUAUUCCUUUUCUUUGUGGCAGCCAUGUUCUUCAUCAGCAUACUGUCACUCUUCAGCUACCACUGCUGGCUAGUUGGCAAAAACAGAUCAACUAUAGAAACAUUCCGCGCACCCACAUUUCGUAAUGGCCCUGAUAAAAACGGCUUUUCUCUUGGAUGCAGCAAAAAUCUGAGGGAGGUUUUCGGAGAUGAAAAGAAGUAUUGGCUACUCCCUAUCUUUACCAGUUUGGGCGAUGGGUGUAAUUUUCCAACUCGUUUGGUGAUUACGGAUCCAGAGCAACUUACUGUCUCAAGCCAAAAUGAACCUGCCAAAAGCUCUGGAGCAAAUCAGUCCUUUCCUACUCGACCACUCAGUGAAUCACAAAAUCGAUUGCUAGCCAGUGACAGUCAGUGGGUGGAAGGCGCCCCUGAAGAGGAAAACGUUAAAUCAGGUGCAAAAAAGCAUAUUAUAGUUUCAUUGGAAAGCUGAUCUCAGCUUAUUACUAACCAACCAUCUCAAUGAGAAACAGGUUUCUGCAACACAUUUUGUGCUUGAGUAUUACUUAAUUUUGUUUGGAAGAAGUUGAUCAGUAAAAAAUGGAACAUGAACAUUUUAGGAAGAGACAAGAAAUUCAAGUUUCUGCACAGUAAAAUGGAUUCUUGUAAGCACUAUUGCAGAGCAGGGAAGUUAAGACAGAUGCCUUAAGAUUCUUAAUGUGCAUUUAUGCAACACUGAAUUAUAUACUGCUACCAAAGGGCCAAAUCCUGAAGUGCCCUGCUUGGAUGCACAAGGUCCAGAGUGGGAACUAUGCAUUUCUGUUAUGCUGCAGUGGUGGGGGUAGAUUGCAGAGACUCCUGCCUCCCCACAGGCAAACUUCAUAUCUUAGGCACUGCAGAAGUCCCUUCCAAUAGCAGGUCUCCAGGGUACAGAAAGAAAGAAAAAAAGGAAAAGGAAAAAAAAAAAAGGGGGGGGUGGGGUGGUGAAAUUCAACGUAGAGCGUGGCCAGUGGGUCUGAAGUGCAACUACACAUAGUUCAAAGACCAGGUGAUGGGGAAGGGAUUGGACGAUGUCUUCUCCCCUCUUCCUAUUAACCAGUCUACCCCAUGAUCAUAGCUCUCCCAAGUCUUUCGGGUUUGAAGAUUCCUUCUACUAGCUGUGCUUUGGAGCAAGGCAAUGCCAACAAUGUAAAAGCCUUUUACUUGGGUGUUGCUUUUUUUUUUCGUGCUACAGGAUUGAGCCCCCUCAUCAUUUUACCUUGAUUUAUUUAAUCAUAUGAAGAACAGAGCUCAAAACAGCAAACUCAUUUUUUAGUUGAAAAAACAUGGAUUAUUACUUUCCAACAAUUGUCUAGCAGCAUACAAAGAAAAGACAGUCCAAAAAGGAAUUAACAAUUGUUACAUUUUCUGUUAUUGUCUGCAGUGUUCUGCAUGAGGCAGUAACAAAAUGGUAAAGUACCCCUGAGAAAAAUCUUAUUGCAGUUGUGUGUUGUUAGAAAAUGGAACUGGAAGAGUACUGCUUUUUCUAUGGGACUCUUGAUGGUUUAUAAAUACUGUUUUAUACUUUUGUUUUAUCUUUUUAAUAAAGGCAUAAGUUUUUAUUGGUUCUAAAGUACCAUUUAAACAAAUACCAAGUACUUAGGAGAAAAUUAGUGUUGGAUCACACAUCUGUGUUAACACUGAAAAUUUGUAUGCGUUAGUCUGCCACUUUCAAGUCCAGUUUAAGUGAUGCUGAAGUUGCUCAAGAUUGAAUGCUUUGUGCAGUGAUGUACCUGUUCAUGAAAGGCAAAAUGUGUUUCCUGUGUGAGGAAUAAAGUCCAUCCUAAGCUCAAGACCAAACACGGGGUAUUUUUUUUCCCCCCUCACUCCUCUGUAGAGAAGACUGCUAACUCAUCUUUGGGUGGUAUUGGAAUUUUGCACCUGGAAGAAGUGAUAAAUACUAUUUUCCUGUCUGUAACUUUCCUGAUGUUCAGCUGACGCUGGUUGCAAAUAGACGUGAGCCCUUUUGGUACAGACUGAAGGUAGUAGCCGAGUUGAUGAUCUGGACCAAAAGAACCUGUUUGGUUUCUCUCCCAGAGUGAUUGCUACUUAAGUCAAAUAUGUUUAUGAUGGAGAUACUAUGGUAUCAAAUAUACUGUAAGGUUUAAAACAAGUAUAUUUUGUCUUUGGAAAGAAUAAAUUUUUGUUAAAUAUUAAUCUUCUAGAACAAAACACUUUGAGAACUUACGAACGUGGUUUGGUCACUAUGGGAUGUUCUUGACAUGGAAAUAAUGGUCCAAACUUGAAUGUUCUGUAAAAGUUGCAGAAUGUUUCUUCAAACUUUGUACAAGAAACUUUGCAUUUGCUAAUUUCAAAACUUACAAAAACAUUUGCUACACAUUAAUCUGAAAGGUUUAGCUUUUUCUUCUCAAAUGUCAAGUGAGAAGUGCUCAUCUGAAUAUGAGCUCUCGGCAGUACUGCACCAGCAAAGUUUCUUGGGGAAGACAACAGAGACAGAAGACUGCAAGUUCAAAUGGCUUGUUCUGCAUACCAAAACUAGCAGCCCCAGACAGUGGUGGAACUGUAAUGGAGGGCCCAGGCUAUCAUCUGGCGUUUACUGCAUCAGUGUAUUACAGCUGAGGUAACACGUACGUGCACAGUCAUUGUCUAGCAGAACUAUAAGCAAAAUCUGUGUCUCUAAUAUGGUAAAUAUCACUGGUUCAGCAAUACGGUCCGCCCAAAGUGCUUGAUAUACCUACAUAUGAAUGUAUAUAUACUGUAGGCUAACAUCAGUAUAACUUGUUUGAUUUCUUCAGUCAGGAAAAACUGCAAGUAAACAGACUGGGCUAACUCCAUGUGUGUUCUCUAGCAAGUGCGGGUCUUCUGAAACCAGUUCUGUGUAUACCUGAUGGACAUUUUCUGUGGCUUUUCACGAAGAGCUCGUGUUUCUGAUAUCUUUAUGUAGAUCGUGGGUGCAUUUUGUCCUGGAUUUUUCUCAUGUUUCAGAUAAGAAAAGGAGGAGAGCAGUGUGCCUAGCAUACUCUUGAGGCCAGAUGGUGUAAAAGCAGGCAUUAUUGAAAAAUCACUCUGACAAAGACGAAAUGUAAUAAAAUGAUUCAAAUACAAUUCUUCCAAAUUUACCACCCCCAAACCCCCUCUAUUCUACCACACACACACACACACACACACCCCAGGGAACUGGUUACUAAGAGAAACCCCAGACUGGUAUCAAAGAAUUCAGUUCUCUAAGGGAAGCGUAUUGGUGAGCUCCAAGGUCCCAGCAGUGAGUGGGAUGGGGGGUCACGUUUUCCCAGCAGGCCCUGGCUGUGGAGGAGGUAUCAUGCCCAAGGUGGCAGGACGUCUUCUGUUCCGUCCUUCAGAGUUCUGUCCUGACAGCUCCCUAGCCAUAAGCAAGGGCGCUCUGUGCUGUAUCAAAGAGUAGGAUAGGCAAAAUGAGGGACCGAGCCAGGAUUUAAAAGUUGGUGAGGACAAGCAGCUGUUUGGCUGUGGCGUUGCAAGCACGCUUAGGUAUCAAUGCCAGCAGAGGCAGGGGGGCUGUAGGGGUGCUCCAGGAAAUUGGUCCUCUUGGCCCAUGCACUGAAAAGCAGAAAACUUCAGUGAAUUCAGCGAGAAGAGCAGCCCUACCUGUUCAGGAGGCCAGGAGGGAGAUGGAUCCUGGGAAAACAACUCUUGAGGGUGCUGGGUGGUGUUGCACGUGCUCGUUUGGUGCUUUAACCUACCCUGUAUCAGUCAGUCUUGAAAAUACCUGGAUUGUCACUAAAAAUAACCUUUUGGAUCCAUCAAGAUGAUUACUAUUGCAAACCGUAAAUAGUAUUGUAGUUACUGUAGGAUAGUUGCCAUUGGCUGGAGUUGGAAACUAUGCUUUAGUAUUUCUUACUGCUUUUUUCUUUUAAAAAAAUCCACAUACACACACGAGCCAUGCACACAAAAUGACAUUAAACUCCCAGUGUGAGACAGAAGCCUGAGGUAGGGCAAGAUUUCAGCGUGAUUUCUCGAGAUUUCUGAAAUGCCUUGAGAUGAUAAACCUGUCCCUGUGAAGAUGAGGCAAGGAGAUCCAUAAACAGGAAGGAAUACUUAAAACAACACAGCUAAUACUAUUUUUUUCUUAAUGACGAUUUAUUCGCAGACCGUACAAUGUACACGUCAUUGCUGCUCCUACCGAAGGCAUGUCAUGGGAAGGAGGCAGGAAGAGGUGUAGGUUUCUCUCAUAACCAAUUUUCCUACAAUCCUGAGAUUGCAGUGUCACAAGUCAGAGCAUCGUAAGCCUUUGACUGAAAAGUUCCACUUUAAAUAUUUAGAGGGUUAUUUUAGAGGGAGUUUAGGCACUUUUAUUUUUAGAGAUUUGAGUAGAAAUUAUGGUAACAUUUUUGUUAAAGCUGGCCCUUGAGUGUGGAAUUUGCGGGGACCCAGCUACUUUUGGUAUGCUGUUCUUAGAAACUGAUCCCGUUCUCCAGAAUGCUAAAUGCCUGCAGGUACUUUCAGGUACUUUUUCUUCCCUCAUUUGAUCUUGUGCGGCUCUUCUGUAUUGUGAGUAGUAUUUGGGGGGGUUGGAGGGUUUGGUUAAGUUCAAUACCAUUCCAUAUCCACUCAAAGAACUUGAUCCAUCUGAAGUACGCUCCAGUUGUAGCUCAGCAGAGCCCCAAGAGGAGGGAAAAAAGAGCAGCGUCUGCAGCAGCAUUAGCGCCUGGCAGAUUUAUCAAUAGAUGCAUUGACUCUGACAUAAAUUAACCAGAUCUGCCUAGAUCUGGAGCACUUGACUAACCAUAUUUAUUACAAAACAAAACCAAAAAACAACUUUGAGUUUCAUAGUAUAUGAUGUUCUCUGAGGAAACCCUCUAAAAUUGUACAUAAUUGGGGGAUUCAAGUAUGCGUUUGCAGAGGUUCUGAGUAGCAGCUACUUUAAUUCUAAGUGCAGAGCAGGAACAUAUCUUUCACAGGACCUAAAAAAUACCAACAUCAAGGCUCUUCUCUCCCUAAAUGGCACCAAAGAGAGCAGCUGCAUAUGAAGUGAUUUGUUUUAAUACUGAACACAUUUACUACACUCAUUUCUAUCAAUUUGUUUUGUAUAUAUAGACAGCCUUUUAUAUGCAUUUUUCUUAAUUACGUAACUGUCAGGAAAUGUAAUGAAGCUGCAAGUUGUUAGUUUUAGUGCUGAUUAAAACUGGCGUUUGGCUGUUUGUUUUCUGCAGCGAUUACUUGAAUCUUGUUUCCGUUAGGUAGUAAAGUCUGAUAAUGUUUACAGGAUUGCUUUCUUUGGUUUUUGGGGGUUUCCCCACCUUUCUUCCCAUCCCCUGCCCCAAGAAAUGGAGAGCAGGUGCUCAGCAGUCAAGCAGAUGUGUUGGGGAUGAAGUAUUGGGAUCAUCUUUUUUGGCACCAAAGCGUUCCCGGUGACAUGCAGAUCCCCUUCCGUUUACAUGGCUUGGCUGACAACUUACACACUGAGCCCGUUACUCUCGAAUUUCUCCUCUCUCUUAACCUCUUGCGAUCAGCUUCAUUGUGAGAAACUGAAAUCUUCU